CAUUCUAGUCGUCUAUACUCUAUAGUCAAAAAUUUGGGCGAUCGCGAGAUCAGAGAACCAGCAAUGGCGAGCUUCGAGCAUCCCUAUGUUCCCAAAGACUUAGAACUCCAUGACUACGUGCCUUGCUUCCUCUCUCAGUCCGAGAUCGUUGCCCCCUACCUCGUAGUCUCCGUCGUCGUCGUCGCCCUCGUUUGGAUCCUCUCAGGGCGUGCCUCCAAGAUUUUACUGAUUGAUCGGCUGCUUAUGUGCUGGUGGGCGUUCACGGGCCUCACGCACAUCAUCCUUGAGGGUUAUUUCGCUUUCUCCCCAGAUUUCUACAAGGAAAAGACUCCAUUUUUCUUGGCGGAAGUGUGGAAGGAGUAUAGUAAAGGUGAUUCCAGGUAUGCUGGGAGGGACUCGGCGAUUGUCACUGUGGAGGCAGUCACUGCUGUUAUUGAAGGCCCUGCUUGCCUUCUUGCAAUAUAUGCUAUAGCAUCAAAGAAAGCAUACAGCCACACACUUCAGCUGGCAAUUUGCCUCGGGCAGCUCUAUGGGUGUUUGAUAUACUUCAUAACCGCAUUUUUGGAGGGAGACAAUUUCUCAGCAAGCCCAUUUUAUUACUGGACUUACUACAUUGGAGCAAAUGGCUGGUGGGUUCUUAUUCCAUCACUCAUUGCCAUUAGGAGCUGGAAGAAGAUAAACGCUGCAUUUCAGGGGAGGACGAAGAAGACCAAGGCCAAUUGAGGUCAGCCAGCUGCCCCAGUUAUUAUCAGAAACUAGGCAAAGAUAAUGUUGCAUCCCUGGUAUCUGCAAUCUGAGUAUUGAGAGGAUUACUGCCCUUAGCUGUUUGUGGCUUCAAUUUGUUACAAGAACUUUUGAAACUGUUUGGUUUUAUGUAUCACUAUAUCUGUUUUAGUCCUCAUCUUUCUAUGAGAAAAGAACUAAUUCUAAGC